AUGGCAACGGGUGCGCUGCUCGAUAUCAAGCCACCCCAUCUAGUAGUGAUGGCAACGGCUUGGAGAGCGGCCAUCCGCCUGUAUCAAGCUGAAGAAUGGUACCCGUCGAGCGGUGGGCACACCGAGAUCUUAAGGGAUCAGGGAUCGGAAUUAAUUCUGACCCACGGGGGAGACCGCUGCAGGACGGAGUACCUCUUCAGACGGGAAUACGACCUAAUCAUCCCAGAAAAGGAGGAAUGGCUGGAAGACCCUAACGACAUCCUGACUCCGGGGGGACUAGUCUGGUUCACAGACGGUUUCAAGACCGGAUCUGGCACCGGAGCCGGGGUAGCGGGGGAAAGCCCAAGGGUCGAAAUGACCCACAAGCUGGACUACCACGUUACGGUCUUCCAAGCAGAAGUGUUUGCCAUCUGGGCCUGCGCCAAAUACAACUUGGAUAGGGCCCACUCAGGAGAACACAUCUAUAUUUGCAGUGACAGCCUGGCCCCGCUAAGAGCCCUCCACAAAGUGGAAGUUAGGUCGAAGCUAGUCAGGGACUGUGCACUGACACUGAGACAGCUAUCUCUGAAAAACAGAGUUAAGCUGAUAUGGGUACCAGGUCAUGCUGGAAUCCCAGGCCAACGAACUGGCACGCCAGGGGCGAUAAGCUCCCAGCCAUGCCAUGAGUACCCCAUUGGAGUCUCAACCCACGCGUUGAAAGGCCUGGCUAAGGACCGGUUGAACCAGGAAUUUACCAGGCUCUGGCAUAACGCUAACGGCAUGAGACACACGAGGGCCCUACUUGAGGGACCGUCACAAAAGCUGGGGGACACCUUAACCCACCUGGACAGAGCGCAACUGCGCAUGCUCGUGGGACUAGUGACAGGACACUGGUACACGAGGAAACACCUCGCGCGCAUGGGACUCAUAGAGGAGUCGAAAUGCCCGAUGUGCGAGGAGGAGGACGAAACACCUCUCCACGUACUUCUAAGAUGCAGGGAGCUGAGGGCCCUGAGAGGAUCAAUCCUGGGGACCUCGGAACCCGCAUCUUUAAGCACUUCGGCUGGCCUGGUGCCGGUGCUUCUAAAUUUCGCAACAGAAGCCCAGCUGCCAAGGCACAGUCAGUAA